CACUUGUUUAAUUAACUCUUGUAUAUACGAAAAAAUACACGGCCGUCUGAAUUUACCUUCACUUUCCUGUCUGGAAAUCGCGUUUCCUUCUAUUUCACUCCCUUCUAUCUUUCUUGUACAGUUUCACUGCUCUGUGAAACACUCGAACACACACACAAUAGAGAGAGAGUAAAAGAUAACAAUCAACAUGGGUUGUUUGUUGUGCUCUGGAAAAUCAAAGAAGAAAGCAAAGAAACAACAGAACAAGAAGUCCAUUGAUGAGAUCCCAUCGAGAGAAAAAUUAAAGUUGAACCAGUCACUCGAUGUAAAAUCAGAAGCUUUUAAGGAUGGAGGCUGUGGUCAUAUUGCUGCACACACAUUUACAUUUCGUGAAUUAGCUACUGCAACCAAGAACUUUAGGGCAGAUUGUCUCUUAGGUGAAGGAGGAUUUGGUAGAGUUUACAAAGGACGUCUAGAGAGUACCCAUCAGGUUGUAGCUAUCAAGCAACUUGAUAGAAAUGGUUUGCAAGGGAAUAGAGAAUUUCUUGUUGAGGUUUUGAUGCUAAGCCUACUUCAUCAUCCUAACUUGGUCAACUUGAUUGGCUACUGUGCCGAUGGAGAUCAGAGACUUUUGGUGUACGAAUAUAUGUCAUUAGGAUCAUUGGAAGAUCAUCUACAUGAUCUUCCACCCGAUAAGAAUCGUCUUGACUGGAAUACAAGAAUGAAAAUAGCAUCUGGUGCUGCAAAGGGCUUGGAGUAUUUACAUGAUAAAGCAAAUCCGCCUGUUAUAUAUCGAGAUCUUAAAUGCUCAAACAUUUUACUUGACGAAGCAUAUCGCCCCAAACUAUCUGAUUUUGGGUUAGCGAAAUUGGGUCCUGUUGGGGACAAUACUCAUGUAUCCACGAGAGUAAUGGGAACAUAUGGAUAUUGUGCACCAGAAUAUGCAAUGACAGGACAGCUUACAUUGAAAUCAGAUGUAUAUAGUUUUGGAGUCGUUCUUCUGGAGAUCAUAACUGGAAGGAAGGCAAUUGAUGAUUCAAGGGCUGCCGAGGAGCAUAAUCUGGUUGCAUGGGCUCGGCCCUUGUUCAAGGAUCGGAGGAAGUUCUCUCAAAUGGCUGAUCCAAUGCUUCAAGGUCAGUACCCAGCUCGGGGCUUGUAUCAGGCUCUUGCUGUUGCUGCAAUGUGUGUUCAGGAGCAGCCGAACAUGCGGCCCCUCAUAGCUGACGUAGUUACAGCACUAACUUAUCUUGCAUCCCAGAAGUCUAACCCUGAUACAAUGCCAGUGCAAAGGCCGAGCUCGGCCUCUUCGACUCCAAGAUUGCGAAGGUGAAAACUGAUUGAGCAUUGGACAAGAUUACACCAGACAAGUAAUCUAAGACUUUUUGAUCCUCAGAUCCACGAUUUUCACGCAGUGUUACUAGGAUGGAUGCGCCAUGGACGAGGAUUGUCAUGCCGCAUGCACGUACAUUUUCCUUCUCUUUCAGCCUAGGUUCAAUAUAUUGCUGUCAUGUUUUAUGAAAAAUGAAAAAACAAGGUUGAAUCGCCGAAUCACGCCCUGUAUAUUAUUUGAAUUCUCUUAUUUUGUUUAUUUUUUUUCACUCUUUUGUCAUUCCUUUCGGUUUUUUGGUCUUUGUUCUUCCCCGAUUCCAUUCUCUUUUCCUAAUUUCGGACACGCCCGGUUGUUCCAUUUCCGUUUCUGUUUCUGGGUUGGACGAUGGAUCAUGGAUGGUCUUGUAUCUAAAUUUUAGCAUAAGGGGUAUGAAAUGCCCUUACUGGACACAUUUGUUAGAUCCAAGAAAAGAGCUGGCGAUAUUUCCUAGCUAGUUUGUAAAAAUUAUUCUGUUAAA